CUUGGGCGUUGUGCCAAGUGGAGUGUGUUUUUUGAAUGAAUACCUGAUGAGGCUGCUGAGGCUGACUGGGGGAGGAGGAGCUGCAUUCAGUAGAGCACUGAGCAUGUGUGUGUGUGUGUAGAGUGAGAGAGAGAGAGAGAUUGGGAGUGAGGCAGUGUGUUUGCCUUGCAUAACAUACACCGUACCUCUUGUACGCAAGGGCUUCAUGUGAGACAGCCCAGACAAGGGGACUUCCUUUAUGCUUACUCCUCUAGGGCCACUGCAGAAGGGAGGAGAGGAGAAGAGGAGGCAAGAGGAGAGGACAGGAGAGCAAGGGACAAACAUAGGAUAUGGAGGUAAAUAUAUGAAGAGAGGAUUGUGGAUCUGACUUUGUAUCUGUGUUAAACCCGGACAAAGGAUGGAUAGUGAGGAAUAGGGUGCUUUGCACUCACAUACUACACUGUGCACGGCACAAGAGAGAGUCAGAGUGAGGGAGCUGUUUUCUCCACUAUCCAGAGUUGCAGCAGUAAGGGGGACAAUUCCAGAUGAUUCCAAGUGAAGACUUCAGUAACAGCAACAAGCUCCUGUGGCUAACCUGAUUAUAACACAAAAUAUAAAACGAACAUUUUUUUUAGAGUAAUGGACUUCUUGAAACUGAAGACCAACUAAAAACAAGCCCAAACCCAUCCAGUGUAAUAGCACAUAAGAGUCAAAGCGUGAAAGAUCAUGAAGUCCAACCAGGAGCGUAGUAAUGAGUGCCUGCCUCCAAAGAAGAGAGAGAUCCUGGCAUUUGAGGAGCGGCAGGUGCUGGUAGCAUCAACUGUAAAUGAGAGCCAAAGUGGUGAGAACCUGGCAUGGCUUGCUAGUGUAGCCAGCAUGGCCAGCAUGGCCACUGUUCCUAACCUAGUUCCUUCACAGAGCAACAGUACUGAAGCUAGCUGCCCAACACCAUCAACCAAAGCCCUGACUAUAGUGACAGAGUACCCACUUUCCACCUCUGCCUCCAGCUCUUUGUCAUCAUUUACAAGCUCCACACCUGCAGGAAGUCUCUCUGGAACAACCACAAUAACAGCGAACCCGGCUGUCCUCUCCACCAACCUUCCUCAAGCAGCAGGACCCAUCCAGUCCACCCAGCUGCCACCUAAUUUACAAAUCAUUGGACCCUACACCAGUUAUAUCUCCUCCCAGAUAGUACCUGCUGCAGCAAGUCCAACCCAGCCACGCAGACCCACCCAGGAGGUUUAUGCUACCACAGCUGUCAUCCCACAAGCUUCUAAUGGAAACCCACAGAAGCAGCAUGUGAUUUCAUCCUUACCUAAUGUAGCUCACACUACCAGCCAGUGCAUGCAGGUAGAGGGCACCCCAGUUGGCUUGCCAGUGAUUUCCCCAACUUCACAAGUACCCCUUCAACUUCACACUCAUUCAACUGUUCUUGCCCCUCAUGGCCUGACUCUUGCUCCCUCUCAGGUGCUUGUGCAUUAUGCUGAUGGCCUCAUCACAAAACAACCUGACUCCCAAAGCAGAGAUCUGCAGAAUGGUGCUCUGGGAGAGGUCACAGUGGUCAAACACACCACCAGCAUUGUGAAGGGAAUGUCUAACAAACCAGAAAGUGAUGAUGGGCAAAGGCAGCUUCAGAACCUGGGUCUCCCGGCCCAAACUCAGGUCUUGCUCCCUGCUGACUAUGCUGCUCAUGACAGUGCAGGUCUUCAGACAUCAGUCAUGCUAGUUUCAAGCAACCACCUGAUGGCCAAUAAUAGCACUGAGCUUCAGAGCACCCAGGAUAAAGAGCACACAUCUCUGGCUCGAGUUGAGAGAACAAGACUAUCUGUGGGGAAGCCAGUCACUAGAGUUUCUUCCCUUUCUGUCCCAUCGUCAGACAGCAUGGCAGCAUCUCUUGCUCCAACUGUCUCCCCUCACACUGUCCUGCAUACAUCUCCAUCUGCCCCUACCCAAGAGCUUUCUGCAAACCUUUUCUCAAGCACACAGCUGCCUAUUAUUGGAUACAUUACUAGUACAUCUGGGGCGCCCCAGCAAGCUGUGGCCAGUUACCAUAGCAACCUCCCACAACAUCUAGUGAUCUCAGGCAGUCCUUCCCUCCUUAUUCCCGUGAGUGCUGGCAACAUCAACACAUCAUCUACUGAGUCAGAGGUUACUCGCUGCUCCAUCCCCACCAUUUCUUCUGCCAAUGUACCGACAGUAGCCACAGGUCUGCCUCAGGCCUACAUCACUGCAGCCACGCCUACUAUUACAACCUCCAUCCUCCCUAAUGGCAAAGAGGUCACAGGGCCUGAGGAACAUAAUGCUGCAACUGGUGUACAGUGUUCCACACAGGUGCAACUUCCUGUGCUUUCAGCAACACCCACAAGCCCACAGAAUGCACCCCUAUCUCCAUCAUCAGCCCUGCCUCCAUACUUCAUGAAGGGCUCCAUCAUCCAGCUGGCAGAUGGAGAGCUUAAGAGGGUGGAGGACCUAAGGACAGAGGACUUCCUACAGAGUGCAGAAGUGAGCAGAGAACUAAAAAUUGACUCAAGCACAGUUGAACGGAUAGACUCCAGCAGAACACCUGAUGCAGUUAUCAUACAGUUCUCAGUUGGGGAACACAAAGCACAGGUAUGUGUCGAGGUGCUGGUAGAGUAUCCUUUCUUCGUGUUUGGGCAGGGAUGGUCAUCCUGCUGUCCAGACCGCACUACCCAGUUGCUGGCUCUGUCAUGUGCCAAACUUUCUGUUGGUGAUGUCUGCAUCUCCCUCACCCUAAAGAGCUUGAGGAAUGGUGCAUUAAGAAAAGACCAAAGCUUUGGUCCUGUGAAGAACCAUAAUAACACUCAUCAUAAAGCAGCCAAGACCAGUGCACUGACUGGAGAGCCACAGGCUCAGAGGGAGGAUCACAAAGAUGCAAACAUUUUUGGAUUAGAAGGGGAACAAAAGUUUGAAGGUCAUGGGCUAAAGAGUCCUAAUUCUGGUAAUGGUGUGAUCACCUCAAAGACUGGAGAGGGGAAAGCUCAUGGUGCAGGGAGUCGCAAGAGGAGGUGGUCUGCCCCAGAGAGAGGAGAGAUAGGGAGGUCACAGGCAAAUGACCACCCUGAAACUCUGCCUAAACUUUCCUUCCUUUCACAGGAGCUAAAGGUCAGCAUUGAGGGAAGGUCCAGUAUGGGCACCUGAGGUACCUUGUGAGCCAACAAAAAAGGAGGACAUCUUUGAUUUUCUAGGCAAAUAAUCUUCUAAACCAAGGAUCAUUGUGGUUUAUUCGGUAACUUGUGGUUACUUGGCUGUCAACUGUUCCAAAACCAUGUGUGUUCUUCACUGGGCAAACGAGUUGCAGCAGUACAAGAAUAACAGGAUUAUUAUGGUUAUCUUCUCAUGGCUUAUUUUAGUUACUGUAACAGGAGCAACUAUUGUCUGACAGUAUUUACAGGAUACGUUUUUGUAAUAAAACAAACAAAUAAUUUCUGGAAUUUGUCCUGGGGCAUCCAUAUAAAUAUGCGGGGGUACUUAUUUUUGUAGUUAAUCCUGCCAUUAUCUGUUUUUGGCACUUUGUCUACGUUCAUGUAAAUUGUAGCAUAAUUGUAUUUCAGUCAUAAUCAGUGAGUCAGACACAUAUAGACCAGUAGGGUGGAGAGAUUGGUCAAUAGUUUGACUUGCUGUGACAAAUUUUCCCCAUAAAUAUUAUUUAAAGGUACAUUGUUAAGAUCCACUAUACUUUAUGAAGAUAAUCUAUGUCAGUUAUGAUAAAUAUUGCUAUAUAAUUAGAAUGAAAAACUACCAUAAAAAGUGAGAUAACAUUGUCAAUUAACAAUGACCAUUCUGUCUGUUACUGAUAGAGAAGGAUUAAUUAGGAGUCCUAUGUGUGAUUUUAAGAUAUUACGUUUCAGAUGAAUGAAUUUUGUUAACCAAACAUGGUCCAAUUAUUGGGACAAAACUGGACUAUAUCACUGAAUGUUGAGGAUUAUACAUAUUUUUUACCAAUAUUUUAAUUAAAGACACCAGAAUUUAAUUAGUCAAAACGUAUAGAUAUGCAAUAUUAUGAUUAUUCACAUACCUCAAACAUGACACAAGGCUGUUUCAGGUUCUGUUCAGGAUCUGGGAUCUUUAAAACCAUGUCCAAAAUCCAUGUUCAUGUUCAUGUUCACAGUGGAUAUGUGCAGGUGAAUUCUCACUCAGCCUUUGAAUAUUAGCACUUUACUGAAGGCAAUGGAUGAUUAAAACCCUCACCUCUGCUUUGUUGCCUAAGCAACUGCCAUUUGCACAAUGUCAAUUUUAGAAUGAUGUUAGCUGUCCUGUGUGUUUUAACUGCAUUUAAAACAAAUUACAACCAUCACAUUGAUGCAUUUUUUUAAAUCCAUUUGAAAUCCAGUUGGAGUCUGUAAAAGCAUUGUGUUAUUAAAAUUCUUGUGUUGUAAUUUAAGCAACUGGAUUUCUGUGUAUAAAAUUACAUACAAAUGUGUAAUAUAUUGUGUAUAUACAAUGUACAAUAUAUUCUGUUUAGGAAUAUAUUGAUAACAUAUAACAGUAUAUUCCAUUUCCAUAGGGGUAGUGACUCUCUCUAGAGGCUUUUGGGUAACACCUUAUUAUAAGGUCCACAAAUAAGCACAUACUGAUAUGUGUAUUUCAUUAUGAUUAAUUAAUACAUUCAUUAGUUAAUGCACUAAUCAUUAGCACAUGUAUGAAGUUUAUACAUUAUGCCAGCCUCAUAUAUGAACCGUUCAUAUAUGAACAACCAUUAAAAAUGGUAAUAGUUAAGUAUUAAUAUCUUGUCAACUCAUUCUGUUAAUUAUUAUCAUGCAUUAUUAAUAAUUAUUUACAUAUUGAAGGGUGUGUUUGGAACAGUGUAGGUUAACCCAAAUUAUUGGCUAUAAGGUAAGGUUUAGACCCACUAUUGUUUACCAGCACCCAUAAUUCUAAAGUAAACCUUUUUUUUUUUUUGCGUUGUUAAUUGCAAAUAGGUGUCUCAGGCAUGUAUCAUUUUCUAAAUAAUCUCCCUUUUGUUCAAUGCAGGUGUUCCAGCACUUAACAAGUGUCCAGUUUCCUCUAGAAAAAAAUCUUCCUGUUUCAUGUGCAAAACCAGGGUUUUCAUUUUACAAACCCUCAUCCGUAUUGGUAACAUAUUUUCAACUGUGGUUUGAAACAAAAGUGUGUAAUGCUACAGUGCUUGAGUGGAUCAAAGUCCUAUGAGAUCGUCACACAUUUUUAUAACAUUAUGCCGGUAAAGUGGCUUGAUUCUGAUAAUUGCAAAAAGUUGCUUCAAUAAUCUGAAGUUUUGGUUAACCCACACUGUGUACACAAAGACCAUUAAUAAUGUAAGUUAUCUUUAUUAAUGCUGUAAGUCAUGGUUUUAAUUAAAAUAAGUUAACAAGAUGUUAAUACUGAACAAUUAUGAUUAUUAAUGGCAGAUCAUACAGUAUUAAUUCAUCGUUAUGAAAGCAUUAGUACAUAUAUUACCUGCUUAUUUGUGGACCUUAUAGUAAAGUGUUUCUGGCUAUUGUGCUGUUUGGGGCUCUUUAAAUGAUUUAAGUGGCCCAUAAUCACCUACAAGAAGUGUACGAGUCAGUCUAACAGUUCAGAGAGCAGGUCACUGAGAAGUCAUCAGCUUGAACAAAUGUGUAAUGUGUGUAAUUUAGGUGAAAUAAUAAAACUCAUGUGUUUUUCUUAUAUAGUGUGCUGUGUAGUGGGCCAACCACACAGUUGCCAAAAUGUUUCAUGUUUGAGAAUCUCAUAUUUUAUUUUUAGUAACUAAAUACUCUGUUAAGACUUAGCUAGGUGUGUUGUCUGCCGCAAAGGCACAAUGUACAACACACACGGUUUUACUGGCUGUUUAAUACAAGAGAGCCCUACUAUGAUGACAAAGCUAUACUUUGUAUACCAGUAAUUCAAUUUUUUGCUAUUUGCACAAGUAGAAAUAUUAAAGUAGGUUUACAGAAUGUAUGUCUUUGCAUUAUCUCUGUGAUUUGUCUUUAUUUUCUUUGAAUAAGUUAGUUGGUGGACUUAUCACUAAUUAUGGUUUGCAAAUCCCUCUGUAAGAGUGUGUGAGUAAACCAAAAUGUCAUCUACAUGUGUUUAUAUGUGGAGGUAAAAGUGAGUGUGAUACUAUGUGUGUAGGUUAUAAUGAGAGAAAGCAACCUUAAAUAUUAGUUGGGGAAGCAAUGCAUGAUUGCACAUUUCGGGUAGAGUCUACGCACUUUCUAAAAUCUGUGUGUGUGUGUGUGUGUGUGUGUGUGUAUGAUUUUGUGUGUGUGUAUGUGUGUGUGAGAGAGAGACAGAGAGAGAGAGAGAGAGAGAGAGAGAGCAAAAGAUUAGCACAUAGAAAAAUUGUAUAUGGGAGAGAUGGUUACUUUAUGGUCAUGCGUUGUUUAAGUGUCUUAUAAGUAUGAAACUAGCAUUAAACACAUUCCUAAACAAUGGAACGGAAUUUCAGUUUUCUUUGUUAUUGCAGUUAAAGGAUUGGUGCUAUGACAUUAGAAUAGAAGCCAGCUACAUCGAAGUCUGUCUCUAGUCUCUUAUAUGUUUUUUCUCUUUUAUUAGAUGUAUGGCCUAAAUAUUUUAUUUGAUGUUACUUGUGUGGACUGUAUCUAUUAUCCUGAGUAGUUCAACAAAACAUAUCCUGGUCUCAGUGUACUACUGUAAAUGCUUGUAAUAUUUCACAUUUCAACCUGUCCAACAGCAAUUCAGUGCACACCCACAGGGCAUGCAACUUUAAUACUAACGUGGAACUUGUUUUAUUUUAUUUAUUUCUUUUUUUUUUGUAAUCAUUUUAAGGAUAUAUUUCUGUAUAAUAUUUGUGUGUAAUUCCUUGUAGAGCUUGCAUGAAAAGCCUUGACAAUGAAGCAGUGUCCAUUAAUCAUUUUGCAAUGCCAAAAGCAUUUCAGCAGUGAUUUUACAUACCAACUUACCACGUACUGAUACCACAUACUGAUUUCAUGUUGAGAUUAUGCCAUUGGUUCAACAGACAUAUAAUCACAAAGAAUUCAUCUGGACAAAAACCUUGAAAAAGGAUGCUAAAGUACUGAAUUCUAAGCAAGACAGUUGACUUUUCACCACAAAUCCACAUACAUCAUGCUCAGGUGAAGAGACUGGUCCAAUGAUUUAUUGCCAUAUUUCCAUUACCAUCCAAUAAUACACAUCAUACAGACAUUGCAAUGUCCACUUUUGCCUUUCUGACAGGAACUGGUGUUCACAUUACAAAUUCAGAAGGACUCUGUGUGGUAUACAUAAUAGGUGUGGAAAAUGUAUAAACACUUUUGUCGUGUUUUCAUGAUUGGAUGCAUGAAGACAUUUCUCUUGGUUUUAGUUUCUAAUGCUUGCAAUGACCGGGAAAAGCCUCAAGCAAUAGCACCAUGUCACACUAAGGGCAGAAAACAGAAAGCUGUCCAUUAGACUACUGGAGUCAGACAGCUGUACAAGUCAUCACCAGGCCGUGGCACUCUUCCUGCCUUCACCAGAGCUCUCACUGGUUCACUCAGACUUACUCACUAUCGCCUCCUGCUGGACAAAACAUCCUUUGGGCAACUGUUAUAUCUUUAUAGUAUCUAUAUUUAUUCAUUUUCUUACCAAACCAUUGAUUUUUCUGGAUUUUGAAUACAGCAGUUUAAGAAAGUGCUGAGGGUAGAUCCUUCAGUUCACCAUGUAAAACCUCAAAACAUAAAAAAAAAGAAUUUUUCUUUUCGAAAAUAAAAGCAAUGUAGUAAACUAUUACUAUUUGUGUGGCUAGUGUAGCUGUGUAAAAGUUUUUUUCUCAUUCUUCUGACCUAUUUAUUUUGUAACCAACAAAAAGCAAAUAAGACAGAAUUAAACCUCAGAUGUUGUUGUGGUGUAUCGCUGUAAAUGAUGCAUCCAAGACUGUUCAGUGGAUUCAGUGCUCCCUUUGGUUUGGUGGUGCUUGAGACUUUUUUUUUUUUUUUAAUAAAUAGACUAUUAUUUGAUUUAAAGGAAAUAUAAAGAAAUGUGGGACUCAUUUUUUUAUAUGUCUGAUUUAGAAAUUACUUGUUGUACAGUACACAUUUAAUGUCCCUGUAUACUCCAAUAAAAUUCUGUGCAAGUUU